AUGGGGCAUCUCUCUCCCCCCGACCUCGAGAAGACCCCUUCGUCCUCCUCGCAAGAUGCAGCUCAGCCAAAGCCCUUCUUGGGCGAAGUGACUACCCUGCCGCCCUCGGAUACCCACCGUGGCCUGAACUCUCGUCAUAUUCAAUUUCUCGCCCUAGGUGGCUGUAUCGGAACUGGUCUUUUUGUUGGCAGUGGAGCUACACUUUCCACAGUUGGCCCCGCUCCCUUGCUCAUGGGCUACAUGGUUAUGUCCAUCAUUGUUUAUUUUGUCAUGAAUAUGCUGGGUGAAAUGACCACCUACCUCCCUGUUCCUGGUGUUUCUGUGCCUUAUUUUAUUACUCGUUUUACGGAACCCAGUUUGGGAUUUGCUGUUGGAUGGAAUUAUUGGUAUUCAUUCUCGGUGCUUUUAGCAUCAGAGGUCACCGCCGCAAGUCUAGUCAUUGAGUAUUGGCCAUCACCCGUCAGCAUUGGGGUGUGGAUUGCAGUCAUCCUCAUCGUAAUCCUCAUCCUCAACAUCGUCGCAGUCUCCUGGUAUGGCGAAGCCGAAUUCUGGUUCGCAUCCUUGAAAAUCAUCGCCAUCAUCGGCCUCAUCAUCCUAGGCGUGGUACUCUUUUUCGGCGGGGGCCCAAAGCACGACCGAGUAGGAUUCAGAUACUGGAAAACCCCCGGCGCCUUCGCAGAUCCAUACCUCGUCUCCAACCGCAAUACCAGUCGAUUACUGGCAUUCUGGACUGCAUUGAUCAAAUCUGGAUUCUCGUUCAUUUUCUCUCCGGAGUUGAUCACUACCGCUGCAGGAGAGGCUACCUCGCCCCGUCGCAAUAUUCCUAAGGCUACUAACCGGUUUAUUUACCGACUCUUUGCCUUUUACAUCCUUGGAACAUUGGUCAUUGGUAUUAUGGUCGCAUACAAUGAUAAGAACCUGCUGCAGGGAGUUGCUAGCGGUGGAUCAGGUGCUGGUGCCAGUCCUUUUGUUAUUGGUAUUCAGAAUGCCGGUAUUGAGGGAUUGAACCAUGUUAUCAAUGCUGCCAUUCUCAUCUCAGCCUUUUCGUCUGGCAAUUCUUGGGUGUAUGCUGGAUCGAGAACACUGUACUCCCUUGCCCGUGAUGGCCAGGCCCCGAAGAUCUUCACAAAAUGCACCAAGAAUGGUGUUCCCUACUUUGCUGUACUGAUCACUUGGGCGAUUGGCUUGCUGUCUUUCCUCAACCUUUCCAGCUCUGGAUCACAGGUCUUCUACUGGUUCACUAAUAUUACCACAGUUGGUGGUUUCAUUUCUUGGGUUUUCGUUGGAGUUGCAUACCUUCGAUUCCGCAGCGCUUUGAAUUUCCACGGCCUCCUCGACUCCCGCCCAUUCAAGACGCCCUUUCAACCAUAUGGCGCUUACUUUGCCAUUGUCUUCGUGUCUAUUUUAGCCAUUACAAACGGCUACGCGAUAUUCUUCCCUGGAAAGUUUACUGCUUCCGGCUUCCUUGUCUCCUACAUUGUCUUUGUGAUCUUCUUCCUGCUGUACUUCGGCCAUAAGCUGUGGUACAAGACCCCAUGGAUGACCAAGGCGUCAGAUAUCGAUGUCUUCACUGGAAAGGAAGAGAUUGACCGACUGACCGAGGAGGAGAUUGAACCCAUUCCACGCAACUGGGUAGAGAAAGUUUGGUGGUGGAUUGCAUAG